AUGCCUUUCAUGAGGCUUGUUUACGAGUCUCUUUUUCCAGGGAAGAAACUUGCAAACAAGCCAAAAGCCUGGAGAAUUCAAUUUCGUUUAGAAGUUGUCUAUGGGGGAUGGACUAUGGUAAGAACUGUGGUGAAGACCGGUUUUUUAAGAGUCAAGGAUGUUCAGUAUGAUGUCCUUUUAAAUUUGUUAGAUAAUUACAUUCCACUGGCACUUUGCAGUUACAGUGUUUUGUUUAAGUUGAAUCGCUUUGAUGAUUAUUUCAGUUCAAUUUUCAGGCUUUGGAUCAUGUUUUUUUGCUUCCACAGGAAAAACUAAAACAAAGCCCCUCUGUUCUGGCUCAGCAACAUUCUUUAUUGGAAGACUAAUGGCUCCAAGGAUGUCUAUAAUUUCUUUUGUAGCUAUGUAAGUGUAAUUGAUGAAUAUUUUGUUGAGUUUGCCCACAGCAUGGCAAGGAGAUCUACCAACCAAUUUGAUAAUGUUGAGCAACUGCGGCAGAAGAUGUUUUCUCUUUUUGUUUCUGGGGAAAGGCAAGCAAACUUUAGGGCAGCCUUUACCCCUUCCAAGAAUUAUGUUUUUAGUCGCCGCCAAUUGACAGCUUUACAUUCAAAGGUUGCAUCAAUAAUCGUGGGCAUUCUUACUUCAAUUACGAACUCACCCAAUUCAGCAGUUCUUCUACCAAGGGCUCCUGGACAAAGAAAAGAUCUCUGGAAAUUACCAGCCUUGUUUGGUGAUUUUAGUCGCCGUUCUCCCCAACCCAAUUGACUGGAUUGAUCUGUGUCAAAUGAAAUGCCCUGGAAAAUCUUUGAGGGGUGUUGGCAUUCUUUCCAUUUAAGUUGUCUAAACAAUGUUCUCAGUGUCUGUCCUAUUUGCAGGCAAGGAGCUGGAGAUGCAAUAAGAUCAUUGGCAACCACUGCAAAUAGGUCAGUUCAGGUGCAGCAGAUUGCAGAAGUAGAUGGUGAUGACAGCAGUGGCAGAGUAGAAAACACAGCUAAUGAUAAUGAUGAUGAUGACGAUGAUAAUGAAGUUCUGACAUCUCCAGUUGAGGCAAUGUAGAUCAGGUUCUCCCGAACUUAACCCUACUGGUUGUAGAUAGAGCCCUUCAACACGUUGACACUAUCCCCCGAGAUACAGCCUUACGACCACCUACCAACGGACAAUCCAACAGAGAAGUCAUCCCCUUAAUCUUAACAUACAAUCCCAUCAACCACCAUGUAAAGAACAUCCUGUCAAGAAACUUCAACCUUUUAAAAUCUGACACUGAAACUAAGGAACUGUUUGAUAACUCGCGAGUACUCGACGCGUACCGCCGCGACACCAACCUGCGUGAUUCCUUGGUCAGCAGCAACCUUCAAUCAGGCGCAAACACUGAGGAUGAACCAAAUGGAACUUUUCGCUGCCGUCGGCCAUGAUGCAAGAUCUGUGCCCAUACCAACCCAGCCUCCCAGAUCAACACCCCUGGUGGACCUCUGACCAUACGGCAGAGGUUCUCAUGCACGACAAGUAACCUCGUGUAUAUCAUAACUUGUCGGGCACUGGCGUACGUUGGCGAAACUAGACGUAGGCUUGGGGACAGGUUCUGUGAACACCUCCGAUCUGUCUCAAAGAAAGCUGACCUGCCCGUUGUUAAACAAUUUUCUUCCCCCGGUCACACAACAGAUGAUAUGAUGGUAGCUGUUGUGCGAGCGGGACUUCACAACACCAGGGACAGACGUAGAGCGGACGGCCGCCUAAUUUUUAAAUGCAAAACUCUACAGCCGCGCGGCAUAAACAUUGACUUCAAUGUUAUUUCAGCGAACUCUUCCAGCGCGCGCCUCAAAUGUUGCCACAUAUGAAUAAAAUGACGCACGUUCAGUGUAACGGCAUCUUCCACUGAUGAAGGGACAGUAGUCCCGAAACGUCUGGAUUUUCAAACAUUUUAGCGCUAAGGACAAGACAUUUUAAUUGUAAUCAACUUAUCAGUGCUACACAGUUCCUAACCAUGUUUUGAUUCUGGUUAUAGCUCUACCUGUCACUUCACAACACCAGUUCAACCAGCACAGCCCUCAUUGAGAACACAAACACAAACCUCUCAACCACCACCACCAUCUCAAUCAUCUUCCCAGUGGAAACCACCUCAUUGUAGCACCUGUGGUCACACUCUCCAAGGGCAUAAGAGGCUUGUCCUAAUGGAAGCAUCUGGUAAGUCUUGUCCUCUCCGUCCUUCUAAAGUCUGUACAAGAGAAGGGCGCUCUACAUCCUGUGCAUGCCACUGGUGCACAAGACAACCUCCCACAAUCCCAGCUAAUAAAGCAUUCUCUUCUUUUUCACAGGUACCUUGUGUUGUUAGGGAGACACAUAAAUCAAGAUGUAACUGA